CUAGCGCUUCUGUGCCGAAAAAAAGAACAACGAAAUCGACGUUUUUGUGUUUUACUGUCAGAUGUCAAAAAAGUGCAAUUUUUAAUGGACGACGUAAGUGUUGCAUUAAAAGUUUGCGUGAAUGGGUCGAAUUAGUAGAAGUAGAUCCAGAUCUCCCCGAAGACGAGACAGAGAACGGGAACGUGACAGAGACAGAGAACGUCAUCAUAGAAGGAAAAGAUCCAGAGACAGGUCAAGGGAUAGAUCUAAGGACAGAGAAAGGGACAGGAAGAGGCAUUCAAGGGAUAGAGAUGGACGCAAGAGGUUUUCCCGUUCAAGAUCCCCUUCUUACAGUCGUGAGAAAGACAAGAAGUCCAAGGUAGCAGAAGAGAGACCUGCAAUAACACCAGCUGAUUUGGAGGGCAAAACCCCUGAUGAGCAGGAAAUGAUGAGGAUGAUGGGUUUUUGUAACUUUGAUACCACCAAGGGGAAAAAAGUCGAUGGCAACGACGUGGGAGCUGUACAUGUUAUACUUAAACGAAAAUACAGACAGUACAUGAACAGAAAAGGAGGAUUUAACAGGCCCUUGGACUUUGUGGCUUAACUGGAGCUUCCUUAUUAGUGUUUGAAAAAAGUGGACAAGUGAUUGUGAAUGCUUCACUUUAGGGAUAGCAACAAAAGACUGACUGAAACCAUCCUCAUGCUAGCAACUUCAAUUAGGGCAUCUUCAUAGC